GAACGCCUCAGCACGGACUGGGUCGCUAACGUGUACGGGUUUUAUCACCCUGUUCCCGAGAUCGCCUACGUUGGCGCACGCUGCUCCCACCUCUUCCACUGCAAGGCCAAGGGGUGUAAGUAUGUCUGCUGUCGCUUCCUCGACAAGGGUGACGCUUCUUCGACGAGCAACCUCCGCCGCCAUGUGCGCAAGUGCUGGGGCGCCGACAUCCUGAAGGCCGCUGAUAAGGCCGCAAACAUUGCGGAGGUCAACGAGAAGAUCGUCGGGAGUCUCCUGAAGGAUGGGUCAAUCACUUCGACCUUCAAGCGCAAGAAGGGGGUCGUGACCUACUCGCAUAGGACGCACACUAGGACGGAGACUCGGUACUCCCUUAUGAAGACCGGCAGACCGGGGUACUGGCUGCCGUCGCCGUCAACCAUCACCCGCGACAUCAAGUUCCUCUUCGGGAAGACCCACGAACGCCUCGCGCAGAUCCUGCAGGACUAUGAGGGUCGCCUGAGCUUUGCCACGGACGCGUGGACGUCGCCCAACCACCGCGCCUUCGUAGCGGUCACCAUACACUUCGUCUACAAUGACAACCCCAUCAGCCUUUUGCUGGACCUCGUCGAAGUCCCUGAGGUACGUACCGCAUUGUUCUGA